UUCAAACAGUAAUGAAACAGUAAGGAAUGCCUGUAAGGUACUCGGCCCGCUAAAGCCGCAAUGUGAAAAACGCAAAAGCAAAUAAGGGGUACAGUGAGUGACAAAGAGAGCAUGGGAGGGGCUCAGCAGGCAGGAACACAAUGAUGCAAAACACUGACCACGGUGGUGUUGUAUUAUCAACAACAAUAACAGAGGUAGCCUGCGCAAAUAAAUCGGGACGAGUUACUGACCAUGGCCGGCAGUACUGCUUGAUGUUCAGAAGCUGUGCUAUAAAUUAAUAAGUAACAAUCCAGUGGCAAAAGCAUAAAGAGGCAGGCACUGCAGCAAAGAGCCAGGCGCGGACUUUCAGUUCCACAAACUCUUUCAUUGCUACUUAUUGGAGGAUGAUUUUAUCAGGGCAGCGCAUUUUUGUGUACCACUUUUCUACAGAUAAUAAUAAAACAAAGGGACAUGGAAGGAACCCUGCGGCAAGCAGAUGUCUAUAUAAGUGAAAAGGAAAAUAUGUAGAGACUCUGACAGAGGGAACUAGCUUGGUGGCGUCCCGUCCGCAACCUGCUGUAUUUUAAAGCUGGAAGGAACUCUGCAGGGUACCUGGAAUUGUUUUUUUUUUUUCCUCAUUAGACAGCUCCACGUAUAGUGUGACUUACCUGGUUCUAAAAAGGGAUAAUAGCAGUAUGGGAAUACAUAAUAAGGAGGAAUACUGCAGCGAUCAGGCCUAUCUCCAUUGAUUAACAAGGGCAAAUAAGAGGAAAGUUAACAUUUCCUGUCAUCAACUCCAAGCUGAAGAAGCCUGCAAAAAGCUUUCUUAUGAUAUCACAUGACAAACCACAGUAUGCAAACCUCUUAAUGCAGUAAAGGUGUUUAUACUAAAAUGUUCUUGAAGUCAUAAACCAUCCAGAAGCAAAAAGUAACUGCUGUCUCCUGUGUUUACACCAGAACAGUCCAUAUAAUGGGAAUACAUGUUGCUAUCACAGUUACAUCAGCCUACAUUCUUAAAAGCGUUUGGACAUUAUGAAGUGAAAUGACAUUCACUGAUCUGUAGAUUCUACUGCUUAAUUAAAAGACGUGUCCAGUCACCUAGAACUUCAAAUGGCCUUCGUCAUGCUUGGAUCCAUUUAACUAUACCAAGAAAGUAUUCUUACAAACUGCAUUUGAAAUUGGUGGAUUUAAGCUUAUUUAUCUGCAAAAUGUUAACGAAUAAAGAAUUUGUAAAGCAAGCUGGACAUCUGUGGUAUAUGCACGGCUCUCUUGGUAGCACUCACAACCAAAGAUGUCUGUUACUGCCUUCUUGUUUAUAGUUUUCCAUUAGAUGGUGACAAAACACGUUUGCUGGUAUGCUUCUGUUUGCUGGUUACAAAAUUGUGACAUGUUUGAAAAUUUGCCCAGAAUGCUUAGAAUAUUUAGGCCCCAGUUUGACCAGAGAUGAACAUUACACUUCAUGCCAUGAUCGAUGAUUCAGCUCCCUCAGUGCUUUGCAAAGCCAAUAUCACCAAUGACAGUUGUGGUCACAUGGAGAUGGCAUCAGCUGCACAUCCCAACAUGACCUUUACCAAUGAGGAAGUGUUCAUUCUGCCCACAUUUUCCACUGCUGCCAAGGUGAGAGUUGUGAUAACUUUCAUUCUCUUCAUUUCCUCGGCAUGUUUUAAUAUUGCAGUGCUCUGGACAGUGCUACAAAAGUACAAAAGAAGAUCUCAUGUGAAGAUUCUGAUAAUGAACCUAGCAGUGGCUGACCUUUCAGUGACUUUUAUUGUAAUGCCACUGGACGCAGUGUGGAACAUUACAGUACAGUGGUAUGGAGGGGAGUUGGCCUGCCGAAUCCUCAUGUUCCUCAAGUUAGUAUCCAUGUAUGCCUCUGCAUUUGUUACUGUUGUGAUCAGUCUGGACCGCCAGUCAGCCAUUUUGAACCCUCUUGGCAUGGCAGAUGCCAAGAAGAAAAACAAGAUCAUGUUGUGUGUGGCUUGGGCAUUGAGCUUUUCACUAGCUAUUCCACAGCUUUUUGUGUUCCGCACAGUUAGUCGUUCUCAGCCAGUGCUUUUCACACAGUGUGCUACACUGGGCAGUUUCCAGGAACAUUGGCAACAGACACUGUACAACAUGUUCACAUUCAUCUGCCUCUUCCUGUUACCACUACUUAUCAUGGUGUUCUGCUACUCACGGAUCCUAGUAGAGAUAUCUCAGAAGAUGAAGAAAGCAAGUGCUUCAUCAAAAGAGAUGCCUUUAAGACGAUCUCGUAACAACAUCCCACGAGCAAGGAUGAGAACACUGAAAAUGUCGAUUGUUAUUGUGCUGACUUUCAUUGUAUGCUGGACUCCAUAUUACCUCCUGGGGAUCUGGUACUGGUUCUCUCCUGAGAUGCUUACCAGAGAGAAGGUUCCACCUUCUCUCAGUCACAUACUCUUUCUUUUUGGCCUCUUCAAUGCUUGUUUGGACCCAAUAAUCUACGGGCUUUUCACUAUCCAGUUCCGCAAGGAAAUACAAAAAGUCUGCCACUGUGCAAAAGGCAUAAAGGAACCAGAUACAGCAUCUGUCUUUACUGGAUCUUUUCGCUUUUCCACACCUGCUGAACCUAUCAAAAAAGUUGGAGGAGGCAAUCUUGAGGGUUUGAUUAAAUAUGAAAUGCAGGUGCAAGGAAACUUUUCACAUGAAGGCAACUGCAAAGUCUGCAAACAGAAGGUAACAGAGACUCUUAUGUAACAUGGACUAGAAGUCUGAUUGUCUGUUAAGACAAAUGUAAUGUAAAUAUUGAAUGACAUCACAUCACCUACAACACCUCACCUAGAAUAUGUAGUUACCUAUGCUAAGUCAAUUAUUGAAAGAAAAUACGAUUAAAAGCAAUGCCAUUUUGAGAAAACAGAGUUAACAUAAAACAUAAGUUUUAUCCCACACAUGCAAUUAAAUAGAAGACUCAAAAUCUUUCAUUCAGUGUUCAGCAGUCAAGGUACUCAAAUGUCUGAUACCUAUGCUGGUGUUAAUUUUUGCAGUAACUUAAGAAACACAUGGUAGAUUACAUGUUCCAUGUCAUUCUGGAAUUAUUAGCCCACAGGAAGUGAUUUAAGUAAUUAUUUACUCUAAACUCUGAAUUAUUUUUUCUUUUUGGUUAGCACAGUUUCUCACUCGUGUGUGUGUGUGUGUGUGUGUGUGUGUGUGUGUG